AGCCCAGUCACGCGGCACGCGGGGGGCGCGGCGCCCGUGGCCGCCCGCACGCGGCGGGCCUCGAGACUCCGGGGCCCCGCGGGGCUGGGCGAGCGACUGUGUGAGGGGCCGAAGGGCGGCGACGGAAGCAGCGGAGGCGGCGGCGACGGCGACGGCGGGCUGGACCUCCCGUGAGUGAAGAUCUCCAAAAUUGUACGGAAACACUAGAGAGAAAAGUGCCUCCAGAUGAGCAGAGAUCCGUAAUUGCUGGUUUCCGAGGACUGAUUCUUACCUCGCAUGCAAUGGCACGGAUCACAGUGAGGAGACAGUUUCCGUCGCUGGUUGCAAAGUAAGAAACAAGCAGGCAACGGAUCAGGACUGCCAAGCAGAACAUGGACGCUUGUGAAGAUCUAAAAAUGCCGAGCGGUAAAUCGGACUCCCCGGGGGUUGAACCUGAUGAACUUGAAGGACCACAGGCCGGCGGCACCGGGGCCCUGGGGAAGGAAGCUGAUGGGCUGUGGCGCCAGAAAUACCAACUGAAGAGCAAAUACCUGGAGAGCAGCAACAGUGAACUGCGAGAUCGAAACAGAGUUUCUGAAGAGCUGGUAACGGUUGUCCAGGAAAUGAAAAAAUGCUUCCCGGCGGAGAGACACAGCAAACCCAGCACCCUCGAUGCCCUCAACUACGCCCUCUGCUGCGUGCAGAGCGUCCAAGCAAACAGCGAGUUCUUCCAGAUCCUCAGCCCAAACGGAGCACCUCAAGCAGAUGUGACCAUGUACAGUCUCGAGGAGCUGGCCACCAUUGCCUCAGAGCACACUUCGAAGAACACAGAUACCUUUGUGGCGGUUUUUUCGUUUCUGUCUGGAAGGCUAGUGCACAUUUCCGAGCAAGCAACUUCAAUCCUGAACUGUAAGAAAGAGUCCCUGGAGUCCUCUCAUUUUGUUGAACUGCUUGCUCCUGAAGACGUGCGGGUGUUCUACACUCACACCGCGCACACUCAGCUUCCCUUCUGGAACGACUGGACCCGAACAGCGUCGCAGUACGACUGUGCUCCGGUGAAGUCCUUCUUCUGCCGGAUCCGCGGAGGCGAGAGCAGAGAGCAGGAGAGGCGGUACUACCCCUUCCGGAUCAUUCCCUACCUGGUUCACGUGCACAGCUCCGCGCAGCCGGAGCCCGAGCCCUGCUGCCUCACGCUGGCUGAGAAGAUUCACUCUGGUUACGAAGCUCCUCGAAUCCCAGUGGAUAAAAGAAUUUUUACCACAACACACACUCCAGGGUGUGUUUUUCUUGAGAUAGAUGAACGAGCCGUGCCUCUGCUGGGGUACCUGCCUCAGGACCUGGUCGGGACGUCCAUCCUCACGCACCUGCACCCGGAGGACCGCGCCCUGAUGGUCGCCGUGCACCAGAAAGUGCUGAAGUAUGCGGGCCACCCUCCCUUUGAACACGCGCCCGUCAGGUUCUGUGCCCAGAACGGCGACUACGUCAUCCUGGACUCCAGCUGGUCCAGCUUCGUGAACCCGUGGAGCCGGAAGGUCUCGUUCAUCAUGGGCCGCCACAAAGUCCGAACGAGUCCGCUGAAUGAGGACGUGUUUGCUGCCAGAACGAAAAAGACAAACGGCGAUGACAAGGACAUAACAGAAUUACAAGAACAAAUUCACAAACUUCUGUUACAGCCAGUGCACGCGAGCGCAUCCAGCGGCUACGGCAGCCUGGGGAGCAGCGGGUCCCAGGAGCAGCACGUCAGCGUGGCCUCCUCCAGCGAGUCCAGCGGGCCCUGCGGGGAGGACGCCCCGAAGGAGCCGUUGACUUUGCAGCAGGUCUACGCCAGUGUAAACAAAAUUAAAAAUCUGGGUCAGCAGCUGUACAUCGAGUCAAGGACAAAACCACCCAACAAGCAAGCACUGCGGACGCGCCCAGGACAGCCUGGCGGUGCGCAGAAGGCCUCUCCCUCCUCGCAGACGCUGAAGGACAACGGCACGAACGCGGAGCCCUGUGAGGGUUUGGGGAGGGGGCGGCACAGCCCGUCCUACCAGCAGAUCAACUGCAUCGACAGUGUCAUCAGGUACCUGAGGAGCUACAACAUCCCGGCCCUGAAGAGGAAGUGCAUAUCCUGCACGAACACCACGUCGUCCUCGGAGGAAGACAGACAGCAGCACAGGGCAGACGACGCCCAGGCUUUGCAAGCCGUUUCCCAGCUCCCGGCCGCAGCUCCGCCGGAAGCACCUGCUCAUGGACGGCCCGCCGACGCCGAGGGGCGCGCCCCAGGGAGCCUGCCCGCCGCGGCGCUGAGCCUGGGCUCCGGCAUCAGCCAGUGCAGCUACAGCAGCACCAUGGUCCACGUGCCCCCGCCGGAGCCAGCAGAAUCGACCCCAGCCGAGGAAGCCGGCGCCGCCUGUGAGCCCGGGGCGCCCCCCACACCGGCGCCCCCGCUGACCGCAGAAGACUUCAGGCGCGUGGGGCUCACGAAGGCUGUCCUGUCGGCCCACACGCAGAAGGAGGAGCAGAACUACGUGGACAGGUUCCGGGAGAAGAUCCUGUCGUCCCCCUACAGCUCCUAUCUCCAGCAGGAAAGCAGAGGCAAGGCUAAAGAUUCCUACGUUCAAGGAGACCCAGCCUCCAGGCAGGCCCGGCCGGCCGGCUGCAAGAAGGGCAAGCACAGGCGUAAGAAGCUGCGAGAGCCGCUCGACGGCCAGUGCUCUAAGGACGCCUGCUGUGCCCCCGUCAGGGCGGACGCCCAGAACCCGCAGCCCUGGUGCUCGGCCCCCGCCUCUGCCCUCCACACGCCUGGCCUGUCGCUCCCGGCUGCGGUGGCAGCCCCCGGCCAGGCCCCGUACCUCAUCCCGGCAUUCCCCCUGCCCGCCGUGACCUCACUGGGAAGAGAGCACGCAGCCUCCGUGACGGCGCUGGACUCUCUGCCCAGGCUGCCGUUCCCAGCUGUCCCGUUGCCUUACGUGACCCUUUUCCUGCCUGACCCCGUGGCCUGUCAUCUGCUGGCACCAGCCUUCUCUCCGUGUCCACUCCCGGGAGCGGCGGGCCCUUCUGAACCCCCACCUUCGGUGUCGGCGGCGGCGCCACACGCAGCAGCACCACCUCCGGUCGCUGACCCGAGGGCCGGGCAGCCCUGGGACAGCCAGAGCGACGAGCCCCCGUUUCCCAGCUCCAGGGGCAGCUCGCCGCUGCAGCUGGACCUGCUGCAGGAGGACCCGCCCGGGUCCUGCGCGUCUGCGGAGCAGUGCGUCACAGACCACGGUGGCAGGGGGAGCCACCCUUUUACCGCGGACGCCCUGCCCCUUCCCCGGGAGUCCGGACCCGGCUCUGCGGCGUCAGGGGCCAGCGAGAGCAGCGUGUGCCUCGGGAGCAGUGACCGUUCCUCCGACGUCACCCGGGAGGGGCAGCAGUCCCAGGACGUGCGGGCAGACGCAGCGUUCCCCUGCUCAGGGGACGAGUCCCUCUGGAGGAUGAUCAAGGGGACCCCCGAGGGCGUCCUCAUGACGUACCAGCUGCCUGAGAGGGUCGCAGAGGUCGUGCUGAGAGAAGACCUGGAGAAGCUGGAGGGCAUGAGGCAGCGGCAGCCGCAGUUCUCCCCCGGACAGAGGGAGGAGCUGGCCCGGGUGCACUCCUGGAUCCGGAGCCAGACCCUCCCUCAGGAGAUGGACACCCAGGGCUGUGUCACCUGCAAAAGCGGAGAUUUGGUCGCUGGUGCUGUAGGACCCCGUGGGGAGGACCCAGCAGAAGACAGCAGUUGAGUGGCCGUGGGGGGGCCGGCGGUGCCGCCUCCGCGGGACCUGCAGGCGCGGGGCCUCUCCGCGCCCCCCCGUCCGCCCGCCCGCGCUCGGCUCACAAACAGCCGGGCCUCACCGUCGACUGUUAAGGUCUUUCCCUCCUGACUUUUUCAUAGACGCCCUUUUUCCGAAGCAGACUUUGUACAUAGUCUUUUCUUUUUCCCUGUUCCUGAUGUAUUAAAGCUGUCAGUAGGCUUUUUUCCUAGUUUAGCCGUCUUCUAAAGAGAUUGGAUGGACUUGAAGAAGGUACGUGUACAGCAAAACCUUGUUUCACCUGCCACCCAAAAUGCACUCUCAUGAGAAAAAGAGCCGAAAAGAGCCCCAGCCAGCCCUCAGCCCCCGAUCGUGCUCCGCUGUCACAUAAGUCACCUCCCUGUCGGGGAAGGUGAGGGCGUCCGUCCCGCCUGGGGCCACACGCUGCUCCUCACGGCCCCGUGAAUCUGUGCGGCGUCUGCGCGGGCCGCCCGCCCUCCGUCGUCGGCCCCAGACGCCCCGGUUUCCUCACAGCACGCACGCCACUCGGCGUCACCCGCGUUAGAGCGUGCAGCCCGCUGGUGCCGGGGCCCCGCUCCGAGGGGGCAGCGCGGCCUCUGUCUCGCAGAGAGAGGCCUUUCCCCUGGGCGCUCCACCUUCCGCGGGAACCUGGAGUCUCGUCCUAAAAAUCGGUCCACUGACAACGAACUUACCCCCUGGGGAGUCGAAGUUAGCUUUUGCAUGUGUCAUCUUAAAGCAAAAGAGCUUCUAAUUUAACCAGCGACAUUUCCCUUUUUAAUGUGUGUGUUUUUAAAAUGAUUAUAAAAAGUUUGGUAAAAAUUAAUACUGGUUUUUUAUGUGUCUGUUUAAAUGCGUUUAAACCAAAAUUAAUAGUUAACUGUUUCUUUUCAACCAAUGUACACCGAGAAGGUCUCCACCCUGCCCGCGGCCUGACUGGCACCGCCUUGGUUUGCCCUUAGGCCGGAAAACACUUCCUCCUCCUCUCAAGAUUUAUAGCUUUUUAUAAAGACGCGCCCUGAGAGUGACUCGGAGAAGCGACCUUGCUGUCCGCGGUGACCUCUGGGGCUGCUGCUCAGUGUAGCUCAGACUCGCGCGUGAGAUAGUCGUUCCCUGGGAGGCAGUCCCGCCUGCAGGUGUCACCCCUUUUUCAGAUGCUGCCUGUGACAUUUCUUGGGACUUUUUUAAUAUUAAACAAAUACUGCUAUUUUACAAAUAGAGAACUCAUAUUCUACUCCACCUUGAUUGUUCAGUGAUUUCUGAAGCCCUCCUUGUGUUGUUUUAUGUGCUAAUUUUUUUAUUUUUUCUCAUGGGGGGGAAAGAAUCAAAUUUUUAAAAAUUAAUCAUCCUGGAUAUUGUCUGUCGAUAGAACCACGGUGACCUUCCGUAGUGAUAAAAUUCUGGAUUUGCACAAAUCAGAAAGGACACGUAGCUGCCAGGGGUCACUCUGCAUUUGUGUGUGUGUGUGUGUGUCUGUGAGAGAGAAACGUAUGUCCUGUCACAGUGUAUGCUCUCUUCCAUUCUUUCUGGGUGUGUGUGUGAUCUACAUGUGCUCACUCCUUUGCCUUAGCACACGUUCUGUGGCGUGUACGCCACCCCAGGCUUCGUCGGAAGCCGGUGCUCGCUGUAGGCAGAGUCCUCAGACCAGUGUCGUCCUCGGGCUGGGGCAGGUGGACAGCGCUGUGUGAAGAGGCUGGACCUCGACGUCCCCCUGCGCCCCCCUGCCUGCUGACGGCGGGGAGGGGGCCCAGCGCCGCCCCCCACGGGGGCUGCGCCCCGCCGUCCCCUCGGUUGUUCGGGUUCAUUUACUUCUGUGUUCACGACCGUAGAGAUUGGUAAUAACAACGUGUACCGUAGGCUUCAAUGUUUACAUAAAUGUUGCCCAAAAGGCUGUAUUUUCCUGGAUAAGAGGUCAGGAUUUGUGAAAAACAGAACACUGUGUGAAUGGAAUCGUUUCUGCGAUUGGGUGAAAUUUCAUUACGAUUCACCAGGUAAACUUAAUCAAAUGAAGUUUGUGUUUCAACUGAACAUACAAUUAGCUGUGUGAAUCCACUUGUUUUCAAUGGUUGUUAAUAUUUUAAUUACCUAUCUUUUUAAGUAAAAACAAUAAAUAAACCAUGUACAUGUGAGA